AUGAGUGAAGAAGAUGAUUUGACUCAGUUGACUACUCAAUCGUUUACUGAUAAGCAAGCUUUUAAGAUUUCCCAAUCUACCAAGAAGAAAUUAACCAAUGAUCAAUUAUUAUGGAAUAUCUUACCAAGUUAUGAUUUCUUUGUCAACCAAUUUAUGGAAAGUAAUGAACCUCCACAUUAUGAUGAUGCUCCUUCUUCUGUAUCAUUAUCUACCACUUCAUCUUUACAAAGAACACCUUUAGAUUCUUUAAGUUUAACCACAGCUACUAACAAUUCCAGUCUGUUAGUUGGUACUCAAUCAUCAGAUCCCGAAAGAAUCUUAAUUGAUGAAGCUUCCAAUCAACAAUGGAGAGAAACUAUACUAGAUCAUGUCGAUUACUUGAAUAAUAUGACUACAACUGAUAAUCAGUUCACAAAUCACUUAAAAGUGGAAUGUUUCUUUACUAAAGAUUUAGUAGAAACCAAUGUAAAGCCUGAAAUCAUUGAACCUAAAGCUUAUAAACAGGGUGAUAGUAUCAACGGAUUCAUCACCGUCGAAAAUACUUUAGAUCAGGAUAUCAGAUUUAAUUUAUUCUACAUUUUGUUGGAAGGGAUUAUCUCCUUAAAAGAUGGUAAAACCACUAGAAACACAAAGUUCUUGGAAAUGUUCGAUAUUAUAGGAUCUUAUCACGAUGGUCAUGUCAGUAGAUUGGUAUCCGAAUAUAUCCCACCUCAUACAUGUCCAGAUUCUGUUGAUGCAGAUGGACAUUAUAACACAUUCAGUGGGAGAGUUGUUAAAGCUAAAAGGAAAUAUAAACGGUUCUUUUCAUUUAAGAUUCCUAAUCAAUUAUUAGAUCAACAAUGUGAUCAUAAUUUACCAACCCAUUUAAAUGUUAUCCCAACAGUGGGUAAUACUAAAGAUUUCAGUCCUAUGGGAGAUCUGAUCAAAUAUCAAGUUUCUACUAUCUUUAUAGGUAAAGCCAAAUACUAUAAUUAUAAUCCUACACAAAAGAAUGCUAAAAUUUUCAAUAAAAAGGGGGAUGAAUUCGUUAUUUUGAAAGAUACCCAUCACCCACUUCAUAUUACACCCACAUCACAAACAGUUGAUCAUGUUUAUCAAACGCUUGUUAAUGAAAAUUUCAAUAAGAGAAUUGAAGAAAUGAUCAAGAUAAUGGAAAAGUUUGCAUUGAUAGAAUCAAAUAGUCUUGAACCAGCAGUUGUUAGAGAAAUCAUUGAAAAUUUUACUCAACAAGUUCAAAAUGAUCAAGGAAAUAAAGUGGCUCAACUUUAUUAUCCUCCAGAUACUAAAGCUGCUAGUAGAGAUUUAGAAUUAACAUGUAAAUCAGGUUCAAUUCUUAAAUCAGGAGAAGUCAAAUUGAUCACUCCUUUAACCACAUAUAAUUUCCAAACUCCCUUGAAGGGAUGUUUUUCAAUUCCUUUUAAUAUAUCAUCAAAUCUAAAUAACACCAAGAUAAAGAACCUUAGAUUUGAAUUGGCUUGUGUGACUUAUAGAUCUUUAAACACCAUCCCAUUGGAAAUAAGUCACGAUUUAAUAUUCAAAAAUGACAAUUAUAAUGUCGUACCUUUCAACGAUAUGGAUAUUUUCAAGCAUAACAUCACCGACCAUUAUGUUGGUAAAUUUAAUAAGAUCAAAGAUUUAAGCAAAAAGACAAAUAUUGAAAAUUUCAGAUUUGAAAAAUCCUUGAUUAGAGAUUUAAGAACAGCAGCACAAAUUCAAGAUAAAACCAUCAACUUGCUCUUCAAACAACCCAAAAUAAUGCAAAAUGGAGAGCUCGUUAAAUUUCCUAAAUUAGGAGAUUUUGAGGUUUGUCUUGAUUUAAACAGUUUAACCGAAUUAGGUGGGAAUAAAGAAUUCAACUUAGGACCAAGUUUCCAAAGUUGUUAUAUGGGAAGAGUUUAUUAUCUCAGGAUAUGGAUAGGAUUAAAUAAUGGGGAUUUCUGUUUCAAAUUACCAGUUUCAGUAAAUAAUUAA